AUGACGAGACCAUCAAUGAGUCUGGAGAUGAUUACGCUUCCGGAGCUGCAGAAAUGGACCGGGAUUACGCCGUUUGAACUGCUCAUGCACUGCAUUGCCAUUUUGAUCUCUACGAUAAUGUUUGUAAGUCAAUUUUGGCAUGAAAAUCGAGCCGGUAGGGCUAGAAAUUGACUUCCUCCGUGAUUUAGAUGAAGUUUACAAGCUUAACACGCGAAUUUUGCCUUUUUCAGACAGUAAAAUGGUACAAAAUCGUCCAAUUCAGCUAUUGGCACAUUUUCGGCCCAAUGUUUCUGGCGUCAGGCCUUGAUUUAUACUUUGUUUUCAUAGUCGCCCUUCGAGUAUACGUCGAGGAGAAGCAGAUACGUCGAUCUUUGGCAACGUAAGUCGGUUUUUUAUUCCUUUUUUGGAGUUUAGAAAAGAAUCGCUUCACCUGUUGUUCUCAGAGUAAUAUCGGCCGGGAGGCCAUUGAGAUCCAUUAAUAGCUGGUCAAAUCUAUUCUUCAAACUUCAGACAUCUCUUCAACUUCCUCCGGGCAUCAAUGUUUGGGCUAUUUCUUAUGUUUCUCUGCCAAAAAAUCGAGGGCGACUUUGAACAUGGCCAAGUGGCAAUUCAGACGACUUAUGGAGUGGUUUUCAUGCCAAUAUGGAUAAUGUUGGCUGGAUUAGCUGGGCAAAUGGUCAGGCUAAUCUAA